AUGCUCUCUCUCUCCCCUUCUGUCACUGCAAACACUCUAAACCUCAAACCCAAUAAUCCCAAUGAUCUCUUUCUCAUACCUUCUUCAUCCUCCUUUAACCGUCGCCAUUCCGUUAAACCCAUCUCCGCCAUAAUAAACCCUUAUUCCUUCAAGAAGCACCAAAUGCCACCGCCGCAGCAGCAGCAAGUCUACCAACCCUUCCGCCCUCCCCCGGAGCCCCUCCCUUCGCAAUACGGGACCCUCGACAUCGCUGGCCGCAUCGACAUCCUCGCCAACCGCCUCGGCCUCUGGUACCAGUACGCGCCCCUCAUCACCUCCCUCAUCCGCGAAGGCUUCUCCCCUCCCGUAAUUGAGGAAACCACCGGCAUCUCCGGCGUCGAGCAGAACCGCCUCAUCGUUGCGGCGCAGGUCCGCGACUCCCUCGUCGAGUCCAACGCCGACCCCGGGCUCCUCGGCGCCUUCGAGACCGGCGGCGCCGAGAUCCUAUACGAGAUCCGCCUUCUUAGCACGUCACAGCGCGUCGCCGCCGCGCGUUUCCUUGUUGAGAAUCGGAGCGACGGGAAGGCCGCGCAGGAGCUGGCGCGAGCAAUGAAGGAUUUCCCGAGCAGGCGCGGGGAUAAGGGGUGGGAGAGCUUUGAUUACACUCUCCCCGGAGAUUGUCUCUCUUUCAUGUACUACCGGCAGAGUAGGGAGCAUAGGAACCCGUCGGAGCAGAGGAGUUCGGCGCUGGAGCAGGCGCUGCGCGUGGCGGAGACGGAGGGGGCGAGGAAAGAGGUGUUGGAGGAGUUGGAGGGGAAUGGUGAGACGGAGGAUAAGGAGGAGGAUGAGGAGAGUGUGGCGCGUGUUCCCGUGGUGAGGUUGAGAAUUGGGGAGGUGGCGGAGGCGAGUUCGGUGGUGGUGCUUCCGGUGUGCGCGGCGGAUGAGAGGGAGGUGUUGGAGGCGCCGUUUGAGUGCAGGAGUGAGGGAGAGUUUGGGGUGGUGGUGGCGGAGAAGGGGUGGGGGAGGUGGGUGGUUCUGCCUGGGUGGGACCCUGUGGUGGGUUUGGGAAAAGGGGGUGUUGUUGUGUCGUUUGCGGACGCGAGGGUUUUGCCGUGGAAGGCUAAUCGGUGGUACAAGGAGGAGGCUAUAUUGGUGGUGGCUGACAGGAGUGAGAGAGAAGUGGGUGCCGAUAAUGGGUUUUAUCUCGUUAAUGGUUAUGGUGAUGGUGGAGGUUUGAAGGUGGAGAGGGGCUUCACAUUGAAGGAAAAGGGUUUCACUGAGUGUUUAGGAACCGUGUUGUUGGUCGUUCGACCGCCAAAAGAAGAGAACGAUGAUCAAUUGAGUGACGAAGAUUGGGAGUGA